GAGCAGUCUGGAGAGGAGUCGCCUUGUUUUCGGGGCCUAUACUUCCGUCAUUUUAUAUCUCACUGCAUAAAAAUUAGUGAGGUGUUUCUGCAUGUGUCGCUGUUUCGCGUCGGUUGUAGUAACACCACUCGGGGUUCAACUUCACAGGCGACAUCAAUCCGUAGCUGUGAAACUUGUUUUCCCCGCCUGGAUCUCACCCUGCAGCCAGCGGACGUCAGACACACCUCGCCUGCUGCUCCGCUCUUCACAUUUUAUCGCAGUCUAAUCACAUCAUUGUUUGCGGGCUUUCACCGCCGCUACGCGCACUAUGUAGCGGAGUAUAUGGUGUGCUGGCGUGGUAGCUGUAAGGCGUUUAUCGGCUUUUUUUAGUUUUAAACACCGUGCCUUGGCGGAAAGCAGUGGAUUUCGUUUUAUUUAAGGUCAUUUGAGGAUGAAUGAGCAGGAGAGUGGGGUGGUCUCCUUUGAUGAGUAUGUGCGGCAGAAGGCCCGCACUGUGCCUCAGCACAGGAUGAAGGAGUUCCUGGAGUCUCUCGCAAAGGGCCCAGAGGUGCUGCAAGAGUUCAGCCAGCAGGAAGGUGCAGCCACCACCACUGCCAUGGUGUACCAGCAGCAGGGCGCCAACUGUGUGUACGCAGACAGCACGGAGGUGGCCGGGUCUCUCUUGGAGCUGGCUGGUCCGGUGCAGGUGACCUCUGCAGAGAUCUCACCUCAUCAGUCUGUGCAUCAAGAGUCUGAACAGCAGCUUCAGGUGCAGGUUCAGAUUGAAGAACAGCAGGGCCAGACAGUUGGCCAGGUCCUUCAGGUGGCCUCCCCAUCUCAGCAGGAUCUGCAGGGAAUCUCAACAGCUCAUUUUGUCCAGCAGGGAGAGCUCACAGAGGAGCAGCAGCAGCAGAUUCAGGCGCAGCUGGUUGCCGCUGUAGGGCAACAAAUCCAGUUGUCAAGUGGACAACAAAUACAGUUGCAAGGAACGCAGCACAUUCAGUUGCCAGAUGGCCAGCAAAUUCAACUUCAGGCUGGUCAACAUAUUCAACUACAGGGUGGCCAACAGAUUCAGCUACAGGGUGGCCAACAAAUUCAAUUACAGGGUGGCCAACAGAUUCAGCUACAGGGUGGCCAACAAAUUCAAUUACAGGGUGGCCAACAAAUUCAAUUACAGGGUGGCCAACAAAUUCAACUACCAGGCGGCCAACAGAUUCAGUUACAGGGUGGCCAGCAAAUUCAACUACCAGGUGGCCAACAAAUUCAGCUACAGGGUGGCCAACAAUUUCAACUACCAAGCGGCCAACAGAUCCAGAUUCAGACCAUAGAGGCCAUGUCUCCCUCACAGCAACAGGAUUCUCCCAGAGAGGCAGAGAGGAGGUCCGCCGCUGUCUCAACUGUUCUCCAACCGGCCAAGAAGCGAAAGGUGGAUGUCCCCGUCGCUGUGUCGUAUGCUGUUCCACAGGGCCAGCAGGUGGCCACAGUCCUAGCCAUCCCUCAGGGGCAGCAGCAAAGCUACGUGUCCCUACGACCGGAUUUACUUACUGUCGACAGCGCUCAGCUGUACAGCACUACAGGAACAAUCACAGGUCCCACAGGUGAGACCUGGACCAUCCCUGUGUACUCCACUCCACAGCAGCAGGGGGUAACUCACAUUGCCAUACCACAGGACACAUACAGCACAAUGCAGGUCACCACCACCAACGGUAAGGACAAGAUGUCCCCCAGCUCCUCGGCGAGGUCUGCAGAUGUGCAGUCGGCCUCCACCGGGACACAGGAAGAAAUAGUGCAGACCCUGUUCCCGGCGCAGUUCAUGAACGGGAACAUUCACAUCCCUGUGGCAGUGCAGACUGUUGGAGGGACUUACAACACGACACAGUCGGUGCACAUAUGGGACCCAAAUCAACAGCAGAGCCAAGGAGAAGAGGGACAAGAGCAGCAGCUCCAUCUGCAGGGUCACAUAGAGACCGAGGCUCAUGAUGAACAGCCUACAGAAAUUAUGGUCCCUGUCUGCCUGAAGCCAGAGGAAGGCCUGGAGGUCUGGCGCCUGUGGGUGAAGAGAAAAAAUGCAGAGUUAAACAAGCAGGAAAAGACCAAGCUUGCACCAAUAGGACGUCGUCAGCCACUGCGUUUUCAGGAAGACUUGGUGUCGAGCGCAGUAGCUGAGCUGAACCUGGGUCUCUCCCUGAUGACGCAGGAGGCACGAGGAUCAGACGAAGAGGAAUUCACAUCAGAUGUUCUAUAUUAUGUUUUCUUGUGCAUACAAAAGUAUCUCUUCGAAAAUGGACGUGUGGAUGAUAUUUUCUCUGAUCCGUAUUACACACGUUUCUGUGGGUGUUUACACAAAAUCCUGGAUGGAUGGAAACCCACCGUCCAUCCUUUAGGUUAUGUCAUUCCAAGUCAUGUGACAGAGGAGAUGCUGUGGGAGUGUAAACAGCUCGGUGCACAUUCACCGGCCACGUUGCUCACAACUCUAAUGUAUUUCAACACUAAGCAUUUCCACCUGACAACACCUGAACAGCACAUGAAAGUAGCUUUCUCUAAAGUCCUAAGACAUUCGAGGAAGAACCCGUCUAAUGCCAAGGACAAAGCAACCAGUAUCCGCCUUCUCAAAGGACAAGGUCAACACAGCGCAGGACAGAACGGUUCUCAAUACAGAACCGAUGACAUGUACGAUGAACAGACCGAGGAUCCUGAGAACCCUCUUCGCUGUCCCAUUAAACUUUACGACUUUUAUCUCUUCAAAUGUCCUCAAAGCGUGAAGGGGCGUAACGAUGCGUACUACAUGACUCCGGAGCCUGUCGUCGCACCCAACAGUCCGAUGUGGUAUUCCUCUCAGCCCCUCACCAGUCAGCAAGUGGAGAAUGUCCUGGCCCGCAUCAUUGUGAUCCGAGAGAUCCAGGAGAUCAUCAGCGCCGGUCUGGAUGAGCUAAACUGAGACUGAACUCAUGGGAAUGUGAUUGUUGACUAUGCAGUAUCCAUCCUGACUCUAUAAACCUCAAUGACCAUCAUCUCAAAUCAAAGGGAACAAUCAUUUCUCUCUGAGUGCAUCAUGAAAGCAAAGAUUUUUUUUUUUCUGUUAUCACAUUUUCAGCUGAUGGGUUGGACUGUUUCUCUUGACUACCUUUGUAAGCCAUUGCCUCUGUAACCUUUAAACUGGCAAGUAAAGGAGGCUUUAUUCUCACCACUGCUGGACUAUGAUUGACCUCCUGCCCUCUGAGCUCUGCAGAGGUGGUACAUUUUCUUGUAAAAGUUUCAGUAUGAUACGAUGAUAUUUAACCGUUCACUAGUUAACCUCACAAAGUCCCACUACGAUGCGCGAAAUCUUAAAGGACAAUUGCAAGGACCACUUCUCACAACUUUUUUUGUAUACGGACUGCAUUUUGGACAAUAUAUUGACUUGUUCAAAGCUGAAAAA